AUGGCAAAAUCCAUACAUGUUGUGUCCAAGCUGGAUAAUACCAAACAUGCUGUUUUCCACAUCGAUCAGGACCCUCCAAGCCUAGCGGCAUCUUCAGUCCGUGUCCAGACAUGGCUUGUUUCCCUUACCUCGAACAACUUGACCUAUGCCCGAUCGGGAACCCCUCUGCGCUGGUGGGAUACUUAUCCCGUCCCUGAAGCGAGUCCAACGCCCUUCAACAAUCGGGAAGAAUGGGGCAUCGUGCCAGCUUGGGGCUACGGCCGCGUCCUCGAGAGCACAAUCGACGCCAUAGCGCCAGGGUCGCUGCUGUGGGGCAUGUGGCCUACUUCAGAGCACGCCGUCGACCUCCAACUCGAAGCAAUCGAGCCAUCGGGCCAUUGGUCAGAGCGCAGCACACAGCGAAGUAAGCUCAUGACUAUAUACAAUACAUACGAGCAAGUUAGUGAAAGCAAUGCGCAGACCAUGCGCAUGACCGCGCUCUGCAAACCCCUCUGGCAGGGUCCACAUCUGCUCAACACCAGCGUGUUCUCGGCACGACGUAUCCACCCUUUUGGUUUCGGUGCGCCAUGGUCCCAAGAGGAUGCCGACCUGUCGUCGGCUGUGGUCGUCAGUCUCUCCGCCUCAAGCAAGACUGGCCGAGGCUUUGGCUGGGAAAUGUCAAGGAAUCGAGAUGUGUCCAAACACGGUCCUCGUGCCUUGAUCCAGAUGACAUCAAUCCCCAACACAUUGCCCCGAUAUGACUCGCCCCUGCCCAUGAAAGCAUCUCCAUACGAUGGCACGGACGCCAUGGCGUGGGCCGAGCAAUUCAAGCCCUCACGGGUGGUCAUUGUCGACUUCGGCGCAUCCGACGCAAUCCUAGAGUCGGUCAGGGCUACAGCAUCAAAGCUGGCUCCAAACAUCACUGUUGUUGCUGUUGGCUACGAAGCCAAAGUAUACACAAAAGAGGAGAUUGCAGCCAGGAUGGCGACUGCCAAUACCAAGGUCUUGGUCAAUACGAGUGGGCUGCGAGAUCGCGUCAUCGAAUCUCAGGGCGCGUUGGAAUUCUCCCGGGAGCUAGAGGGCACGUGGGAUAGGUGUUUGAAAGAAGAGGCUUUUGCCAGUCUGCAGGUGAAGGCCUUGAAUGCCGUCAGUGGGGAAGACGGCAUUGAGGGAGCGUGGAGUGCACUGUGUGAUCGCAAGGUUCCUGCAGACGUCGGCAUGGUGGUUGAGUUUUCCAUAUCAUAG